AUGCAAGAUUCGCAAAGAAUGAGUAAACAAACUAGAAGUAUGGCAAAAAAUAGAAGUGAUAGUAUCACAUCUAACGAUUCAAUGGAAACAGUAGCAACAGUUUUAGCCAAUCAGGAAAUACAAGAACUAGUGACAGACAGCACAUCAAGGGAGCAUAAUAUAGCAAUGGAACAAUUACAUACUCAGCAAAACAACCACCAAGACAAUACAAAAAGAGAGAAAAACACAAAAGCAGAACACGGUAAUUACUCUUCAACACCCACAAUCAAUAACUUGAUUUUGAGGUUGAAUUCAGAAAGUCAGGACAAUGGUGCUGCGAGCAAUAUGGGAAAACAACAAUAUUGGGCAAUAAAGAAGUGA